AUGCGGCCCUCCGAUCCAGUGGUGGGCACACUGCACAUUGCGCAGCCGGUGGCUGUAGCUGUGCUGGUAAUUCUUCAGGCACACUACGCGAUUGUGGCCAGAUGGGUGCGCGCACGCCUCGGUGCCGAGCGUCAGAUAUCGCUCGAUGAGCAUCCAGAGCAGGGGCUGCCGCAGCCCGUGGUCGGGGCGCAGCGCACACGCACGUCGCUGGGCGUGCGUAUCGCACUGCUUGUCAUAUCUGCCUCGUUUUUGGUGUCUGGUAUGCUCGUGGCACUCGGUGCUGUUCUGCCGCCCCAUGUGUGGCUGCCAUCGCUGAAGCACUGGACGUGGCUGGAUGUGCAGGCGCUGGGCGGCGGCAUGGCAUGGGCGCUAGUAGCUUUAUCCACGCUGCGCGAGGAGCGCCGCUAUGGACCUGGCCAGUUCCGCCGCGCGCGUCUUGCGUGUAUUACGGCUGUGAGCGCCGCUGCCGACGUGGCGCUGGCCGUGGCGCACGCCCAGCAUUCCCACGUGAAGCCUGACGUGAAGCUGUGGGCAUUCCUGCAGGUCUAUGUGCUAUACGCGCGUCUUGUGAUUUUGUAUCCGGUGCUCGUGCUGGUGAUGCUCCGGCGCCGUGCACCUCUUCGCUCGUCAGUGGAUGCGGUGGGCGUUCAGGCUGGCACAGCGAGCGCUGAGGCGCCGGCCACGGAUGAGGCGCGUCCCGCACCGCCACCAGGGUUCUUCCUCCUGCUUAAGCGGGUGCGCGUGCUGGCGCCGUACCUAUGGCCGAGCGAGUCGCCGCGUCUGCAGCUGCUCGCAGUGCUGAGUGUCGCGCUGCUGUUCGUGGCUCGCGUCGUGAAUCUGAUGGUGCCGCUGGCGCUUGGACGCGUCGUGGAGGCGCUCAGUGCCGGGCGCGAGCCAUGGGGCCCCAUUCUGGUGUUUGCGAUGCUCAAAGUGUUCCAGGGCUCGGGCGGCCUUGUAACAGUGGCGCAGCAGCUGCUGUGGUACCCCAUCGCAUGGUACUCGGACGUGCACAUGAGCCGCCUCAUGUUUGAUCGUGUGCUGAACCUGUCCAUGUCGUACCACACCCGCCGUAAGACGGGCGAGCUGAUCCGCACCAUGGACCGUGGCUCGGCGCUGAAUAACUUUUUCGAGUAUCUCCUCUUUUCCCUCACGCCCGUGUUUGUGGACAUUAUGGUGGCGGUGGUGUACAUGUCGGCGGUCUUUGGCUGGCGCGUUGGCAGUGUGCUCCUGGUGAUCAUGGUGCUGUAUACGGUAUGCAGCGUGCGGAUCACGACGUGGCGUACGCAGCUGCGUCGCGAGGUGAACAGUAAAGACUCGCAAUGCCGAGCGAUCACGACGGAUGUGUUGCUGAACUACGACACGGUCAAAUUCUAUGGGAACGAACCAUACGAGUCGAGCCGCUUUGCUGGGGCGCUCGAUGCGUACCGCCAGGCGCAGUAUCGCCUGGUGCUUAGCCUGAACAUGCUGAAUCUGACGCAGAACCUGAUUCUGGCGUUUGGUACGCUGUUCACUGUACUUGCGGUCGCUUAUACGGUCGUGCAGGGCGCCACGACACCGUCGCAGUUCGUCGUAUUUGUGUCGUACCUGCAACAGGUAUACCAGCCGCUCAGCAUGCUGGGCACACUGUACCGUGUGAUGAACCAGAACUUGGUCGACACCGACAAGCUGAUGGAGCUGCUGGAUGAGGAAGUCGAUAUUAAGGAUGCACCUGGCGCGCCGGACCUUACAGUCCGAGGGGGCGAGAUCGAGUUCCAGGACGUGCACUUUGCGUACGAGCAUGGCAGCAACAUGGCGCUGAAUGGCAUGUCGUUCAAGAUCAACCCGCACGAGCGCGUGGCGCUUGUGGGCGAGAGUGGCUCCGGAAAGUCCACGACGCUCAAGCUGCUGUACCGCUUCUACGAUGUGACAAGUGGGCGUAUCCUGAUCGAUGGCCAGGAUAUUCGCGAUGUUACGCAGCAGAGUCUGCGGCGGGCGGUGGGCAUUGUGCCGCAAGAGCCGUCACUGUUCAACAUGGACAUCCGGCGCAAUAUUCUGUAUGGCAAUCUUGAAGCUUCGGACGAGGCCGUAGAAGCGGCCGCGCGGGCAGCGCAGGUGCACGACCGGAUCAUGGAGUUCCCGAACCAGUACGCGACGGUCGUUGGCGAGCGUGGCGUACGUCUGAGUGGCGGCGAAAAGCAGCGAGUGGCGAUUGCACGCACGAUUCUCAAGGACCCGCCUGUGCUUCUGAUGGACGAGGCGACAUCUGCGCUAGACAGUCAUACGGAGCGCAACUUGCAGACGGCGCUGCAGACGCUCAUGGAAGGCCGUUCGUCACUGACCAUCGCGCACCGCCUCUCGACGAUUGUCAACAGUGAUCGGAUUCUCGUGGCGGAUCAAGGCCGUAUUAUUGAGCAGGGCACACACGAGGAAUUGAUUGCGCUUGGCGGCACAUACAGUCGGCUGUGGGCACAGCAAAGCAAGACGCUGGCCGAGCAGCGAGCGGAAGAGCAGGCGAAGGAGGCUCUUGAGGCACGCGACCAGCCCGCUGGGGAGCCCGCGAAGCAGGCACCCAAGGCACAUGAACAGCCUGCUGGGGAGCCCGCGAAGCAGGCACCCAAGGCACAUGAACAGCCCGCUGGGGAGCCCGCGAAGCAGGCACCCAAGGCACAUGAACAGCCCGCUGGGGAGCCCGCGAAGCAGGCACCCAAGGCACAUGAGCAGCCCGCUAGGGAGCCUACGGAGCAAGCACCUGGUCAGCCUUCUGGACAGGCUAAACAGCUCGACGAACAGCCUCCAGCUGACGAGCCUAAGAACUCAGCUUCGAACACAUUGGCGCCGGCGGCAGACGCUAGGGGCGAAGCGUCUCAGACGUCGGAGGCGUCUGCAUCUGAUGUGCCUGGCGAGGCGCGUACCGGUGUGCCGCGGUCGCGCUCUGCGCGCAAGAAGAAGAACCGCAGAGCUCGUCGUUGA